AUGAACUUGUUAAUGCUGUUAAGUACCUUUAGCCUUUUGCCCCUGGCAUUUGGCAAAAGUUUUAGUGAAAAGUAUUUAGGAGAAGACAGUUAUUUAUUUGAAGACUACUGCAUCGAUAUGAACAUUCACGUCCUGAUAAGUGCAGAAACGAGGUAUUAUAACAGGUUUUCCUAUUUGUUAGGUCGAAGAAUUGCAAGCAUGGCGUUUUCUCUAGAGAAUAGUUGGAAUUAUUUUGCGUAUUCCUUCUUUGAUGAUAAAAUUUUGUAUACAGAUAUGAGACGAAUGCAAUAUGGAUUUGACAUGAUGGAAACAUUAAGCACUUUUCAGAAGGAUCACAAACAAUAUUCAAUUACAAAACAUGGGCAUUCAAAUGUAUUUGGUUCGUUGAAAGAGUAUUACGAAAAGUAUAUAUUAAAUAACCCCAAAAUGCAUUACGCCAAAAAUGUUAUAAUUAUUUGUAAAUUUUUUGGAGAAAUGGAACCUUCAGAAUAUUCUGAUGAAUUCAUAAAUUAUAUAAGAGACAUUAGAAGUAAAAAUUUAGGAAUUUUUUUUUUCUCAGACAGUUCUGAGAAAUCCAAAAAACUCACCUUUCUCAUCUCUGAAAUGAGUAAUCAUAAAUCUUCUCACAUCCCUUUAGCAUAUUUCUUUACUAACGAAAUUGAUAGUCACGCUAGAAUCAGUGUAAAGAGAUUUUGCUAUGCUUUGGAAUAUGGUGCAACUUGUGCCAGGUAUAACGAUUGGUCUGAUUGGAGCGGGCCUUGUGAAUUUAGGAAAAGACAGAGAACCAUUCCAAAAAAAGUUACUCUUGAUACUUAUAUAAUUAAUGAGGAUUACUACACUGCUCAUUGUAGAAGCCUUUUCAACUACGAAUUAAUCAUUAGAGAAGAUUACAGAAGCGAAUGUGAUAACGAAAUAUAUAAAUGUAGAGGUAUCUGUGAUGAAGGAUAUAUGUUCAAACCAAACGUUGUAACCUACGAAAUCUUAGAACAAUAUGUACCAUGUAAUGAUUUGCCAAUUUGCUCACCUCAGCAAAGAGAAAAAAAUCACCAUAAAACUUAUAGAGAAUUAUUAGGAAUGCUCAAUAAGUAUGCAGAUGAUCUGCGUAAAGACGAAAUUAUAGAACGCAAAAAAAUGAACAAACCGUACACAGGUGAAAUUGGCGAAGAGGGUGCUCAGCCACGAAUGUUGAAAGAAGCAAGCGCUCAACUAAAAAAAAAAACUGACUCGAUGAUACAAAGACAGCACCUUCUUAUUAAAAAUCACAAGCUUCUCCUUCAGCAUAUUGACAAGGGCGAUCAGGUAAAGGUCAUCGACAAUUUAGGAAACUUUAUCACUGUGAAGAGACCUACUAAGAAUACGCAAGAUAGGAAGGUAGAUGGCAAAAUUCACGCAAGUUUUGAUGCUUCAAAUGUAGACGGGGGUACCGAUAAUAAGGAAAAUGGAGAGGAUCAAAGCGGGAGUAAUAUCGUCGAAACUGCAAAUGUGGGCACCGUUGGUAAAGCAGUUCGAAAACACCAAGACGAAAGCACAAAUGUCGAGAUGGCAAACUCGGGUACUGCAGGUAAAACCGAUGGGGAUAAGGUGGCGGAAGGUGAAGAAAUGGGGGAUACAAAAGAGGAUGACGAAAAUGAUAAAGAGCGCAAUAACCAGGAAAUUAGGCUCAAUCAUGAGGAAGCGAAGAAUAUACCUGAUGCAGAAGAACAAGAGGAAGAGAAAAUGGAGCAAGAAAUUAUCAAAGACAACCAUCUUGACAAACCAGACGAAAUCACAAAGGUUCAUACGAUGGAUAUUGUGACAAAGGAUGAAUCUGUAGAAAUUAGUUCACCCAGUUUGUCAAAUGGGAGCUAUUUGCCUAAUGUGGAAGGUGGAGAAUCUUCAAAUAAUCAACGGAUAUUCCCAGAAGAGAAUGACAACACAAAAUCUCAAAUUGGUGGUAGUAAAGAUCACCAGGUAAAUUCAAAUGAUUAUGUCACAUCUAAGCACGUUGGUGAUGCAAUAAAUAGUGACAUUAUAGCAGACGCAUCGCGAGGACAAUCUGCAGCUUAUCAUAAUAAUUCACCUGUUUAUAAAAGCACGCAUGGUGCUAGGGAUGAAUUGACUGAUAAACAUGAGCAAGAAUUGUAUGAGGAGACUGCUCCACCUGAAAGGGAAAACAAAAACAGUUUUGAAGGUCAAGGUGGACAAGAUAAAAUAACUCAAAUGAACAAAGGGGUCGCAGAAGCAGAGACUGAUCGCACAGACGUACCAAGGGAAAGUGCACAGAAAGAAAUAACUCAACAUGGUCCUGUUGAAGACGAGGCUAAGGUAGAACAAAUCGCCAACGAAGAAGCGAAUCAAAUCGGGAAUAACACCGAUGAAACUACACGCACUAAUGAAGUAGCAGCACGAACGGGAGUAACUACAGAGCAGGAAAAAGGAAAGGGAGAUGAUAAUGUGAGAUAUGGUGGACAAGAAGGAAAUAUACAAGGUCAGGAGUUGGUAGACGGAGAGUCAAAAUAUAAGCAUACUAAAGAGUUAGGCUUAAAUAGCCAAUUGGCACAUAGACAUGGAGAAGAACAUAUAGGUACAGACCAUGACAGUUUACUACGAGACUUUCUAAUUAUGAACCAAGUUCCGGAUGGUUCCAGAAAACAGUUUGAACUCCCUGAAGUGGAAAAUGAGAAGAAAAAAUCAACUGAGCAUACAACAGAAAUGCAUGGUGAGAAUUAUGAGCGGGUUAGUGGACAUAAUAAACAAACACAUGAUACAGAUGAAGGCAUAGACACAAAUGUGCAAUCCCAUACCGUGCGCGAAAUGAACGAAAAAUCUGAAGAGAGUAACCAUUUGGUUCCAUCAGCCAUUCCAGAUGAAACAAAAGCUGAGGAAUAUCGCACAGAGAGUCAUAGAACGGAUGGGUAUAUGUUACAAGGAGAACGAAUAAGCGCAGAUCAGUUGCACAACGAAGGAAAAAGUGAACACCAAUUUCAAGGAAAAGACAAAAGAGAACGCGAAAGUGAGCAAAAAAACAGGGAAGCAGAAGAUGCAAAUUCUACCAACGUAUCCGAGAAUCAUGUCGUUACAGCGGAAGAUCAAACGGAUGACAAGCAAAAGGAAGAAACGAUUCACGCAUCAAGUAAAUCUAUUAGCGAGCGCAGAAGUCUGGAAGAAGGACAUGAAGGGAAACAUUUUAUGCGUGUUGAAACAGGCAAGGAACAUUUAGUUAUUGAAAAUAAUGGGGACAGUCACACAAUGUCAGUUGAAUCUACAGGAGGAGAAAGAAUAUCAGGUGAUGAUACGAACAAAGGAAAAGUACACGAGGAAGACGUCAAUGAACAUAAAGCAUACUAUAAAAGCAUAAAGGAGCAUGCAGCAGAAACAGACAUGAACGAUGCAGAAAACAUUGUGCAAGAUAGUAAUAUGAAUGAUGUCGAAGAAUUAGAAGAAACGUUGAGAGAAAACAGCUUAAUAAGUCAUAACUUUGGAGAUCAUGCGGAGGCAAAUAAUGGUGAGAAGGUAGAUGAACUAUCAAGCGAAAGUGAACCAGAAGAACAAACAGCGGGGGGACAUAUUCAAGGAGCAGCCUUAUCUGGUAAUCACUCGACACACAAUCAAGCAAAAGAAGAAAUUGAGGAAGAAGGUAGAACAUCCAGCGAACAUGUAACGGAGGAAUUGGAGGCAGGUCGUGUCCACACGCAACAGCAAGUACAUGAAAUACAGCACGUAGAGGAAGAAGCUGUUAAGGGACAAGACGCACAGGAUCAAAUAAGUCUCGGUAGAAAAGUAUUAGACCACUCACACAAAAGUUACAAUUUGGACGAUGACACAGAGGGCAUAAAGGAGUUAACCGGUGAAUUUGGUCCAACACACAUAAUAGCAGGCGAUGAGGUGACAAGCCAUCAUGUACAGAAUGGAAUUGUGGGCGGGCAUUCAGAUGGAGUAAAGGCGGGAGACGUAGUUGAAGGGGAAGGUGCUCGUGAACGUGAAUUGGUCGAUGACAUUACAGAUGAACAUAAGACUGAGGAUAAAGGUAAGAAUGCAGCCGUAGAUGAAAGUAUAAAUGUGGUUCAAGACACAGAUACGGGUGCGCAUACAGAAAUAGGCGAGCCGAAAGAUAUGGAUGGAAGUAAGAGGGGCGGUAACAACAUGGAUGAAGUAGGUGAAUCCACAGAUGCAGGAGAACACAAAGCCAACCACGAAAGGAAGGAAAUAGCUGAAAUUAAGGGAGACCAUAUAGAUAUAGUUGGUGUUAAAGAUGAAGGUAAACAGGAAAUCGUGGACGAAGGUGAACGUAACGAUGUGGGAGAACAUAAAGACAUUGGUGAAAACAUUAAUGUAGUUCAAAGUGAAGAUGAGGGUGAACUUGAAAUCACUGGUGAAAGUGCACACGCAACUGAAACGACAGGUAAACAUGACGGCAUUAUAGAAAGUAGGGAAACGGGCGAAGGUAUAGACGUGGACGAGCAGGACGAAGGAGCUGAAGAUGACGGUGUCAAAAGUAAACACAUACAGGGCAGCACGGAAGAAGGUGAAACCAUAAAGAAUAAACAUAUCGAUGUAUCACAUGAGAGCAAAACAACUGAGGAAGGGAAAAGUUCUGACAUAAACCAGAAGCUGCAUGAGGAUAGCAGGAACCCCAUUGAUGAGACAGUGGGAGGAGAGGCAAAGAAAGAAGAGGUGGCAGGUGCUAGUACACAAUCUGCACAUAAUGAAAAGGGGCAAGUGACUCCAAAAGAACAUGAAGAAGUAAACAACUUAGAUCGAAAAGAUGAAAAUGAACAAAAAGUGGAAGACAAGCAUAAACAAAAUUUAGAUUAUAGAAUUAAUGAUGAGGAAAAGGCAAGCAUAUCACCAUAUGAAAAAACUGAAGUGACUAAAGAAAAAGAUGGAGAGAUGAAGAAAGAGUUAUAUGAGAAAUCCACAACACAUAGCAAAAACGAACCAACUGGUGAAGCUGCGAGUAGAACAAACGUAGACAUAGAUUCCAUAAUUGCACAACAUAAAACGAGCGUAUUGCCAGAAGAAGAAUCAAACAUAAUUGAAUCAGGGAAAGAAAAAGCUGACGUAAAAAAUAUAAACGAAAUAAUUGAUAAUGUAGUAAAUACAUAUGAUAGUAAAAAAAUGAAUAGUGAAAACGAAGAGUAUGUUAAGGAAAAAUUAGACGUUCUUGAAGAUUUGGUAGACAGUACCAAACAAGUGGAAGGGGGAAAAAAUGAACACCCAUACAAGUACUACUCAGAUAUGAAGACUGUCCAUAAGAUAUUUUAUAAAAAAAAUUCCAACGGGCAAUUAGAAAAUGACAAAUAUCUUAUUGUUGGUCAGAAUAAUUUUAUCAUAGAUUCAGAUGAUACCAAAACUCCCUUUCCCCAAAAUAUGUCCAAGAGGGUUAGUGAACUCCUGCAAGAGCAGAUUCAGACGGAAGUAACGAACACGUUGAAUGAGGAUGAGAAGGCGAGAAAGGAGGUCACCGAGGGGGGCAAAAACGGGGACGGAAAUGAUAACGCACGUGAGAACGGAAGUGGGAACGAAGAUGCAGACGGAAACGCGAGUCAAGGUGGACGCAGCGAAAGCAAAGCACAUAACAGCAAUGCAUUCAAGUACGGAAGCAUAACUGUCUUCGCUGGUGCAGUUGUAAUUCUUGUGUCCAUGUAUAUUUACAGACAUGCACAGAAUUACGUAUCCGGGGAAAAGGACAACCCGAAUAACAUGGAAUACCAAUUUACACCCGAAGUGGCCAUGAACGAAGAUAAGGGCAAAGACAUAACUUGUGGGAAAAGUGGCUACAUUGAGGAAGGCUGGUCGUAG